GCUAGCGGCUGCAGCGGCUGCAGCAGCAGGGUGAACUCUGCUCCCAGGACUCGUCUUGGUUGUAUCAUGAAGGAGGACCCGAGCUGCUCUUAGACGCCAUGAGGAUGUUAGCGACGCUGCGAAGCCCGGCCCUGUUGGGGGUCUGUGGGCCGCAGGCUGCCUUGCUCAAGGGCACGGCAGCCCGGAGACUGCUGCACAGCUCCUACGAUGUGGCCGUCGUGGGCGCCGGCAUCGUCGGCCUGGCCGCGGCCCGGGAGCUGCUGCUGCGCCACCCGGCGCUCAGCUUCGUCCUGCUGGAGAAGGAGAAGGAACUCGCCACGCACCAGAGCGGCCACAACAGCGGCGUCAUCCACAGCGGCAUCUACUACACGCCAGGCUCGCUGAAGGCCCGGCUCUGCGUCCGCGGAGCCACGCUGGCCUACGACUACUGCGACAAGAAGGGAAUCCCCUACAAGAGAUGUGGGAAGCUCAUCGUGGCCCUGCAGCAGGAGGAGAUUCCCCGACUCAACGCUCUGUACCAGCGAGGCCUGCAGAACAACGUGCGUGAGCUCGCCGUGGUCGACGCCCGGGGGAUCCGGGAGCGCGAGCCGUACUGCCGGGGCAUCGCGGCCCUGGACUCUCCGUACACCGGCAUCGUGGACUGGAGGAUGGUGGCUCUCCGGUACGGCUCUGACUUCCAGGACGCCGGCGGGAAGGUCGUGACGGAGUUUGAGGUCAGCGACAUCUCCACGCUGAAGGAGAGUCCGGCCGGCUCGCCUGAAGGAAUGAAACAUCCGAUCGUCCUCAGAGACAAGAAGGGGAAGGCGGUGCGGUGCCGCCACGUCCUGACCUGCGGGGGCCUGUACUCGGACCGGCUGUCCCAGAUCUCCGGCUGCAGCCCGGAGCCGCGGAUCGUCCCCUUCAGGGGAGACUACCUGGUGCUGAAGCCGGAGAAACACUACCUGGUCCGGGGAAACAUCUACCCCGUCCCCGACCCCCGCUUCCCGUUCCUCGGCGUCCACUUCACCCCCAGGAUGGACGGCAGCGUCUGGCUCGGCCCCAACGCCGUGCUGGCCUUCAAGAGGGAGGGAUACAACGUAUUUGACUUCAACGCACAGGACUUCGCCGACGCACUCUCCUUCAGGGGCCUGCAGAGGCUGGUGAUGAAGAACGCGGCCUACGGCCUCGGGGAGAUGUACCGCGGCGUCUUCACCGGCGCUCAGGUCAGGAUCCUGCAGAAGUACAUCCCCGAGCUCUCGCUGGGCGACGUGCUCCGGGGUCCGGCGGGGGUCCGGGCCCAGGCCCUGGACCGCGACGGGAACCUGGUGGACGACUUCGUGUUCGACGGAGGCGUCGGGGAGAUGGCCGGCCGGGUGCUGCACGUCCGCAACGCUCCGUCGCCGGCGGCAACGUCCUCCCUCGCCAUCGCAGAGAUGAUCGCGGACGAGGUGGAGCGCCGCUUCGCCCUGUAGGCGGGAAACGACGAUGGCUCGGCACGUCCGGCACCGGCGGCAUCGCAAAGACUCUCAGCCUUAAUUUAAUCAAAGUGACUUCUUUUAAAGUGGAGAGAGAAAAUCCACUCAAAACAUUUGUGUAUUAUCUGAUUUGUGCUCCAAGUUACGGACAAAACGAUAAUUACAAAUUCAAAAAGCCUCCUAAACACACAAAGCGUUAAAUACGCAAAAAUGCACUGCAAAAACUCAAAAUCUUAACAAGAAUAUUUGUCUUAUUUCUAGUUAAAAUGUCUCAUUUUUAAUCAAAAAAUCUCAUUACACUUAAAAC